AUGAGAAGUGUCUGUCAGAGUAGAGGGUGUAGUGAACUGGGAUUUGGCUUGCUCCAAGGAUGUUGUGUUGUUGGCGUUCUUGAUGUCGCACAGCGGCUUCCUGCAUUAAACCCGUCGACGGUGAAGAUAGAGCGCAAUUCUUUCAGCUCAGUUAGCAGUUACUUCAGCAACUCCAGCCAAAGAAACGAUAUGGAGAAAAUGAAUGGAUCCAGGAGUCAUGCAGCUGCUGCUUGGGUAGAAGACGACUCCAAUACUCAAUCCCAUAUCCAUGCUGCUGGCACCUUGACAAGACAUUGUCACCUGCGGACAUCAGUUCGGAGACCAAUCAAAACAUUCUUAGCUGCUAUUGUUAGUGCCGCUGUCUCAUAUGUUGGUGCAAAAGCUGCCGUGGUUAUGGCCAUUCCGACAAUAAUGGAGGUAGAGUAUUGUGUACUAUACGCUGAUAGAAAACCAUGCUGUCUUCAGCAGCCUUAUUUCCGAAAAGCAUGCCUUGGUUCUACGCCAUGUAGAGCUUCCAAGAAAGUCUGCUAG